AUGCGUUCAUUGAUUCUUCUGCCACUAUUUGCUAUACUGCAAAUAUGUCAGGCCUUCGUCUCGCCUGAUAUAUACUCCCUUACGCAGCCCGCAGGUGCGAGUGCGGAUCUAGGGGAGAGCAGUCGGUCGGCCACUGUACCGUCCAAAUCGAGACAUGCAGCUGGACCGAAUUCCGGAUUGAACGUUUUCUUACCGAACUAUCAAGCAGACCCCAAUUGGCUUCCUCUUACGCUAUCUCUCAAGACAGUCGGUUUGCAAGUGAAGGUUAUCCAAUCACUUAACCUUUCUUCCCAAUGCCGAAAUCUACUUGUCUACACGUCGCCGAGCGUGAGCUACAGCCCAAGCGCCGCUGAUGUUCAAACCUUGACCUCUUUUGUGGCCAAGGGUGGUAACUUGAUCUUCAUGAACAGGGUUCCUACUUCUCUUCAAAAUCUUGCAGGAGUGUCUGCGUCUACCGUCGAUUCGAGCGGUUCGAGAUCCGUCAUACAGUUGACGAACACCGAAAAACCCGUCCAGGCUCUCCAAGGAUUCGACUUCACCGAAUACUACGACGUGAACAUGCCGUUUUAUGAGAACUACACUGAGAGUGGUCUUGUCAACGUUGGCUACAAGCCUACCACGGGUUCACAAACACUCGGAAAAUAUCUAGUUCGAAACGACGGAGUGGACAGCGCAGAUACAUCGGCUACUAGUGCAGCGAUUGUCAAGAACCAGCCUUUGGGUGCUAGCGGACAUGUGUACAGUUUCGGAAUGGAUCUUGGAUAUCUCUAUAUCCAGGCUCAGAAUGAGGCCGGCGGGUACUCGCCAUGGUACGACGGGCAUUAUUACCCCGGAUACGAUAUCGGAACACGCAUCAUCAAGAACAUCGUCACUAGCAGUGCCCAUUUUGUAAGUCUAUGGUCGGUUCCAUACAACAAAGGACUUGCCUUCACCACUACAUGGGACAUCGACACCUACGUUUCGUAUCCGCACGGCCAGGGUAUAGCAGCCGCUGCGCAGGAUAGAGGCGCCGCGGGAAACUUGAACCUUCAUACCAAGUACAUCACUGAUGCUUAUGAGACUGCAUACUUCCAGUAUGGCGUUCCAUACAUUUACCAGAUCACCGGGUUCCGUACGGCUCCUGACGGCUACCCAUACAUCGACUUUGGCAGUCAUACUGUCAGUCACUCGCCAAACGCAGCAGGCUUUGACUAUGGCACUCUUCAGGAACGAUUCACCCAGGGGACCGAGGCGGGGUACUAUCCGGUGAUUCAUCAGUGCGGACCCAACGCUGAUGGUACACCUGCCAAUGGACAGGUAUGCACAAAGGGAGGUACCAGCGGGCUCUCAUUCUACACAUCAGGUGCUUCAGCAUCAGGAGAGGUCCGCGUUAGUGCCUAUUUGAUUCGGCAUAUACUCCAUGACGAGUUCAAGACCAACUACAACAUGACUACCUAUCGUCCGGGCAACCUUGCGUGGAGCAAGUACCAAGCCUCGCAUUGCGUGGCGAACGGAAUCAUUGGUGGCUCUUCGUGCGCAGGCAAUUCCCACCUCACCCAUCUUCCUUUCCAGGUCACGCACAACCGCGAGUCGUUUCAGGAGCUCCCGUACUACGAGUUCCCGCUCCAAUGGUCAGAUGGUGACGGCAACAUGAGCAGUGCCGACUUUCCGGGUUCGGACUUCUCGAACCAGAUCAAAUACAUAAAGAAAAUGGCACGAUAUGGCGGUCACUACAACAUCUUGAUCCAUCCGUCGGACGCGUUGUUUGAUAAGAUCCAGAUUCAACGCGCGCUCCACGAUACUGUGCGUCCUUUUGCAGUCUUCUUCAACCAAACUGGAAUGGCCAACUGGUGGACUAAUCGAGACCGCGCUAUUGUUGAUAUCACAGCAGCGGACAAGUCAUCUGCGGUGAUGACGGUUCGUUUGGACGGCCGAACGGAAGGACUCACUCUGCAAGUGCCUCGGAAUUAUGCUAUAAAGUCUGCAACGGGCUCUCUCUCAGUCUGUCAGCAACCUUCGUACGACGGGACGACGAACGCAGUGGUACUACGAAACACGGCAAAGGGGCUCUACACGCUUUCUUUCGUCGUCGGUACGAGCAAUGUAGCCACGUCUACGUGCCCGGACUUCACACCAAAACCGAUCGGCGAUACUGAGUGUAUAGCAUGGGAUGUUAUGAUCGACGACUUCUUGGAACUCUACUUUGGCAGCAACAACGUCAAUCUGCUCUUGUUGCAAACAACCGCAACAGGACUCUCGUCGAAUAACGUAGAAGGCACUUUACAGCUGACUGCAACUACCAACAGCGGCGUCAACUCGUACUACACGGAGAUCUCACGCUUCUGCUUCGAUGCUUCUAUCUACACACAUCUGUACUUUGACAUGGUUGCUCCUACAGGAAGCACCUUCUACGUGCAGCUUGUCUCGUACGAUACCGGGUGCAACUUUGAACAGCCAAGUCCCACCUACUUGGACGUAACUAGAUACGCCCCUGCCGAUGGCUCAAAUCACACUGUCACCAUACCCUUGUCAGACUUCCAGGGACAGGACAUGAAGCAUGUACGCGGAAUACGUAUCGGCAACAUCUCGCCAGCCCAGACACCUAUCUACAUCGAUAACAUCAAGAUUCAGAAGCGGUGUGUGACAGCACCAGGAGAAGACCGUACCCCGGGCCUGACGAUUGAGUCAUUCCAGAACGUUGACCGAUGGAUCACUGGUAUCAACAACAUAUUUGGCCAGACCGACUACAACAACUCGAUGACGUUUGCGAAACUCUCGGAGCUGGGCAGAAUGCAGUUGUUACCGUCGAGCGCAAGUUCGUACUUCUAUACCGAUACUAAUGUUGACGGUGUCAACUUGAACGCUACUGCUUACACCGGAAUCUCUCUCAACGCGCGUGGCCCGGCAGGUGGUUCUUUCGACGUGGUUUUCACCUCAGGUGCUGGAGCUACUUCCACAGUCAGCACCAAGUCUUAUGCAACCUUAAGCCAGGGCAACUUCGCCAACAUCACAAUUCCGAUUUCGGCAUUCUCAGGGUUCGACACCAACUCCCUCAGCCGCAUCACACUACGUAACUUCACACCGAAUGGUGGUUCUUCUGCCAAUAACUUCACGAUGCGAUGGAUCUCUCUCUUGGGCGGGCCUUCCACAAUUGGCGCCGGCCCUCGUUGCCCUACUCCAUCUGGCUUUGUUGUGCUGAACUUCUGCGAUCCAAACGAGUUCAAAACGCAGACCAAUGCCCUAGGUGCUCCCAUCUCAGACGACAAGACGAUGCAAUCCUACAAGCAGCCUUCCCGUGGGUCCGUCGAACUCGUACCUCGUGAUGCAACAUCCCACUUCUACUCGCAGCUGGCACAGCCAUCCAACUGCAGAGCGGUGAACAGUUCUUACGACUCGAUCAUACUCACUGUGUCAGGUCCACAAGACGCAACCGCGAAUAUUGGGUUCAAGUACGGCACUGGCAGCUGCAACACCAACGUGGUCACGUCUUACAUCCCAAUCACCUUCAAUGCCGCGCCAACACAACUAACCAUACCGUUCUCUCGUUUCCCAGCUACUUUCAACCAGCAAUACCUCCAGUCGUUUGUCAUGACCAACUUCAAUUCCCCCGGAUCGAUCUACCGUAUCCACUCUUUAGUCUUCACAGGACCGGCUAACAGCCCUGGUUGCGCGCUCUGCUCAGGCACCAUCCUUAACACUUGCACAUUCGUGUCCGAAGUGCCUCGGCAAAACCGACUCCUGGGUGCGAUGACUGACGAGGGAUCUCUUGCUUCUUAUUCCGUCGAUAAUGACGGUUCGCUGAGCAUGGGUACACAAAGCGGUGCGUACUGGUACUCUCAAUUCGACAACGCCGGAUGCUACAAUGCAAAGACGGUGAAUGCGACGGGCAUUCAGCUGUCCGUCGCGGCUCCCGCGGGUACCAAAUUCCAGGUCACCACGCGCUGGAAGACUGACGAUGAAUGUACGAAGACGUCGCCUCCGUCCAUCGUUCCCAUCACUUCAUACUUAACGUUCACCGACGCCGAUUCGUAUCAAGUCGCACAGAUCCCCUUCUCCGACUUCGGUGGAAUCAACUCAAGCAGGCUCGACAGCGUCGCUAUCUCGUCUUUCAAUCCCUCUAAUGUGAAGAUUAAGGUUGGCUGCAUCAGUUUAACAUCGGUCCCGGAAGCCGUCCCAGGACAGACAGGGUUUAAGACAUGCAACUGCCCUGAUUCUGCGUGGUUAAACUACUGCACUCCAGGAGUCGCAGGCCGCAAUACGAACGGCUUUGUACAAAGCGACGACGGAACCAUGGAUGUCGCGCCAACCGUCACGGACGGUGCUUUGGUUCUGCAACCCAGUGUAUCUGGAUCUUACUGGUACUCGCUCCAGAACUGCGCAGACAUCUCCGCGUCAGAGUUCCUCGUUCUUAACGUCACGGCGAGCGCGGGUGCAGGCUUCAACGUGCAGUUGCAGAGCGGUGGAUUCGGCUGUGACGGUCAGACACCGAUCCAGCGACUCAGUGUUGCGAGCAGUGCUUACGGCAGUAUGAACGGCAGUCCUGUUGUUCUGAGGAUUCCACUUUCAGCUUAUACGUCAAUGGGCAAUAGUCAGUUCUCUUUGGCGAAGAUUGAUGCGGUUGCUUUGGAAGGGUUCAGCGCCGAGACUUCAACGUAUCACAUUCAUUGUGCGUACUUUAGCAGUGGUAUAAUGAACGGAUCCACGAACGGUACUGCAGCGACGAACGGUAAAGCGACGUAG